AUGAAGAAUGAAAUGGACCGUUUCCAAGAUACCAAAAGACUUCUGCAUGACUAUUAUAGAGCAAUGGAAGGCAAAAUUCCAACAGAAACCAGCUCCGAUUUUACUAGAAUACCCUUGAUAGAUCUUAUGGAAGGAGAACAAUCUGUGGAAGACUACAAGAUGAAAACAAUUCCUAUGAUUGCUCACAGAUCUCCUUCUCCAGAAGUUAACAGAGAAAAGACCAGAGUGAUUCCAGUUAAGCUCAAGGAAGAUCUGUUUUCAGAAAGUGUAAUAUUUAAUUUCAGUCCAGAUGAGAAACUGCUCACGGAAACAUGGCACCAUGUUGUAACAACUAUAUCUAACAUGGUGAGUUCUGAAAUGCAGUCAAAAGAAGCAGAGGAGGAAAAAGAACGGCUUCAGGAAGAAAUAAAAGAAAAAGAACGCCUCAAAUCUUCACAAGCAGCUGCUGGCAAAGGUGGAAAGGAAGGGAAAGGGAAAGGCGGAAAGGAUGCAAAAGAUGGGAAAGAAAAAGAUAAGAAAGGAAAAAAGAAAGGUACCCAUUCUCCAUCUACGACUGAAGCAAUAGCAGUUCCUUUAUCCCCAGAAGAAUUAAAGAAGCAAGAAUUGAAGCUUAAAAUGAAACAGGAAUAUUUUGCUGCACUGGAGCACGAAGCGGAAGCUACAAAAUCUCAUCUUGAGCUGUUAAAAGUUAAAGGGUUAGCCUUUCUGGAGGAUCUACAAUCAAAGGCAGAAGUGACAUACAGGAACAUGGAAAAAUGGCUUGGAGAGAGAUUUCUGGCUGAAAUGGCUAGUGUGGAUAAAUUAAUUGACGUUGCCCGCAAUCAUAUUGAAACUUCCUCCAGAAUUCAGUUUGAAUUAGCCCUGGAAGGGACAGAUUUCUACAUUAAUGGUGAUAUAAAAGUAUUUGCAGAUCCUCCCCUUCCACCUCGUCCCCCAUCUGUGGAGACUGCUACAAAUGGUACGCUAACUAUUUCACAGCUUAGUACUCUUCAUAAGCAGUUUCUACAGGUGGCACCUAAAGCCAUAGCUGCACUGAAGCAAUUUAGAAGCAAGAAUGUAACUCCAGGCAAACAAAAAUAUUCAAAGAAGAGUCAUCAGUUUCCAAACAUAUGGCUGCUGAAGUACACAUGGUUAAAAUAUGACAGUGACAGAGGCACAAUGUACUGUGCUCUGUGUCGGAAACAUAAUGUAGACUUAGGGGAAAAGACACACAAUUUUUGUUCUGGAACUGAUGAUUUUAUUCUUGAAUUAGUUGAUGACCAUCAUAGCAGUGAAGCUCAUGCGUGGGCUUCCUGUAUGGAGGCAGCUAGUAGUUCUACCCCAGACACAGAUACCACUCAGCAAAUGCUAAAGAACAUGAGUAAAACAACCUUGGGACGAAUAGAAAACCUCUUUAGAACUUGCCAUGCCAUUGCCAAAACUGGGCGCCCCUUCACAGACCUGGACUGGAUAAGUAAACUGGAUGAUAUGAAGGGGGUGGACAUCGGUUCCAUAUUUAGAAAUGACAAGGCGGCAAGAAUCUUUAUUCAUUUUAUCGCUGAAGUGGAAAGAAGAGCCUUGAAAGAGAAAUUAGAAAAAUGCAAGUUCUUCUCGCUCAUUAGCGAUGGCAUUACGGACAAUGCCACAACAGAAGCAGCCCUUGUAUAUAUACGUUUUGCACAUCAAGGGAAAGUUCACUGUCAGAUUGUUGGAAUUCAGUCCGUAGACAUGUAUGAUGCUUCAGCAGUGAAAAAUGCCAUUCUGAAAACCUUAGAAUCCAAUCUGCAAGUCAAUUUGCCAACCCAUGACUGGGCAAGAAAACUGGUUGGCUUUGGCAGUGAUGGUGGAGACAUUAUGAUAGGACAAAACGGGGUCGCUAAACUAUUGAAGGACAUCCAGCCGUGUGUUCAGAGUUUUCAUUGUCUUGUGCACCGUCUUGAAAUUGGCUACAAGGUAGUACUGAAGAGCACUCCACUGUUCAAUGUACUUACGGAUCUCUUGAAAAACUUAUACUAUUUUUAUCAUGAUUUUCCAAUGAAUAAGAGCAACCUUAAGCUAAUUUGUGAAGCUCAUAAAAUGAAACUGGUGGUUCCUUCUCGAAUCGGUGGCUCUCAAUGGUUUCUUCGCUUACAGACAUCUCUUCAGAUCCUUCUUAAAGGUUACCCAGCAAUUGUCCUACACCUGAGUAAGUUCCAGACAGCAGAAGAAUCAGGCUCCUCAAAUCAACAGAAAGCCAAAGAUCUCUUGAAGUUUCUUCUGAAAACAGACAUAGUUAAAUUUUCUCACUUCUUGUUAGAUGUCAUUAAUGUCCUCAACAUUCUGUCUCGUGUUGCCCACGAUCCAAAUUCUUCCAUUGCAGACGUGUUCGCUACAAUCCAGUCCACAUUGGAGAUUCUCCAAAUGUAUCAAAAAAGAUCAGGGCCACGAGAACGUCUGGUAGAAACAAUCACAUAUUUUCAUGGUUACCAGCUUGUGGGAGAUGGGAGUAUUUCAGCAAUCCGGUUAGAAUUAUUAAGCAGUCUCUUGGACCAACUGCGUGAUUGUUUUUGUGAUGCUAGUGAAGAUGUUUUGAUAGCAAGCGCCAUUGGAAGCUUUAAGCUGUGGCCAGACAAAAUCAAACAAGAAUUCGGUGAGAUGGAAGUAGCUCUCUUGAUUAAACAUUAUGAGCCAGUCCUGGAAUGGGCCAAUGUGAAAGUUGAUGAAAUUGAAACUGAAUGGAAUAUGCUAAAAGCAGAGCUAUAUAAUAGGUAUCAAAAUAUCCGGAGCUUAACAUGGGAUUUGGUGAACAGAGAUUUUUUUCAUAAAUAUCCAAACGUCUUGACACUUAUAGAUCUCGUCUUGACACUGCCGGCAAGUUCCAGCGAAGCAGCACGAGGCUUUGGUCAAAUGAAGCUCACAAUGAUGAGGCUGCGUUCAAAACUAACGUUCGAAAGCAUGACUGAUCUCAUGGUCAUUCAGUUGAAUUCUCCCGAGAUAAAAAAAUUUGAUCCCCAGAAAGCUGUUCAAUUGUGGAAUAUUUCUUGGCAAAGGAACAGAAAGCUACAAGCUAAUCAGUGGGUUCCCAAUGGGAUCCCAGUAAGAUUAUCUCUCCAUGAGAACUCAGAUUCUUCAUCUGACUCCGAAUGGGAAAGGGAAAGUUCAUUUGGAAGUUUAAUACCAAGUAAAACUUUCAUAGAUACUGUGUUUGACUUGAUCACUUUGAACCUUGGCUCCAAUUUGCUUCCUGAUGCUUGGAUGCAUCUCACCAUGAAUGAUUUGCAAAGCCUGGCAUUAUUCCUACUUGUGAAUUCGGACACAGUGGACUGGCGCAGGUUCUUACAUGCCGCUUCCCAGCCUUGGCCUAUUCCCUCGGUAACAGAACUGCUUGAAACGCUGCAGAGAUUUCAGGAUGUGGAUACAGAAGGGACUGGCUUCGUCACCUGGGAAGAAUACGAUCAGGUUGGUCUGUGGUUUAAAGGCAGUGAAGAUUUAGCCAUUCCAGAAAGUCCUACAGAGCCUUUACCAUUUAACCGUCAGAAGCAUCUCAUAGAAUUUUUGUUCACUUUAUUUGCUGAUCCUGAAAAAGACCCUCCUCAGCUGAACUACACUGAGAUGCUAUUCUAUUUUGCCUCUCACCCGAAUGCUGUAGAUGGUGUCUAUCGAGCCCUUAGUGUUGCAACAGGGACAUACAUACGGAGGAAAAGGGAGAAACACUUUUCUCUUCCUCAAAUGGAAGAAAAGGAGAAAGAAGAUGAAGCCUCGUCUAUCAUCAAUGAAGGAAACAUCUCUCUGGCUACACUUCUUCAGGUGUUCCAGCAUGAAACAAAUAGAGCUGCUGACAAUCACAGAUUUAGUAGUCAUCUGACAGAAGAGGACAAUUAUGAGCAUUUCAUUAAGGUAUACAAGGAUCUUGGCUCUGAAGAGUUGCAGCCCAUCAAAAUUGAACUCCUUUUGAAGCAUCCCUUCAUUCAAGACUUAAUUAAUAACUACCAGGGGUACAAACUUCCUGUGAGUAUUCUUUUUCUUGUAUACAAGGAUCUUGGCUCUGAAGAGUUGCAGCCCAUCAAAAUUGAACUCCUUUUGAAGCAUCCCUUCAUUCAAGACUUAAUUAAUAACUACCAGGGGUACAAACUUCCUGUGAGUAUUCUUUUUCUUGUGAACUACACAGUAUCUGGAGUAGCAGUAGCAGUUAUUGGUGGUAGUGGUGGUAGUG